AUGCGUAUUGUUGGUUGUCAAGCCCUCUUUGACUUCAUAAAUAACCAGAGGGAUAGUACCUAUACGUUUAACUUGGAAGGCUUGGUUCCGAAACUGUGUCUGAUAGCUCAAGAGAUUGGGGAUGAUGAAAGAGCACUGCGUCUACGUUGUGCUGGGCUUCAAGCACUCUCUUCAACUAUUUGGUUCAUGGGUGAAUUCUGUCACAUCUCAACUGACUUUGGAAAUGUUGUCGCUGCUAUACUGGAAAAUUGUCAAGACCCUAAUAAGGAUAUCAGUUAUCCAACUAGCAGUAAUCAGGUGACCGAGAAAAAUUGUGGUCAAAUACAGCAUGCUGAAAACCAAAUUCCUUUAUCAUCCGAUAUCAUGAACAGGGCAAUUUCAUGGAGGAAGGUUGUCUAUGAGAGAGACUAUUAUACCACAACGGAUACUGGAAGACCUGAAUUCUGGUCAAAAGUUUGCUUGCAUAACAUGGCAAAGUUGUCUCGAGAGGCUACGACUGUGCGGCGAGUUCUUGAUGCCCUGUUCUGUUACUUUGACAAGGGGAAUCUGUGGUCUUCUGAUCAGGGUCUUGCCCUUCCAGUGCUUUUGGACAUGCAAUCUAUAGUGGAAAAUUCAGGGCACAAUACUCACUUCUUGCUAUCUUCUGUAAUCAAGCAUCUUGAUCAUAAGAAUGUACUGAGGAAUCCGAAUAUGCAGAUAGAUAUUGUUCAAGUUGCAAUCUCCCUGACUCGAUUAACAAAGGCCCAGCCAUCUGUGACAAUAAUUGGUGCAUUCAGUGAUAUGAUGAGACAUCUGCGGAAGAGCAUACAUUGCUCUAUGAAUGACUCGGAACUUGGAGAGGAAAUAAUUAAAUGGAAUCGGAAGUUCCACAGUGUCAUUGAUGAGUGCCUAGUUCAAUUGUCGUACAAGGUUGGAGAUGCUGGGCCUAUCCUAGAUGUAAUGGCUGUGAUGUUGGAGACAAUUUCAAAUAUAACGGUCAUGGCUAGAAAUACUAUUGCAGCUGUCUAUCGCGCGGCACAGAUUGUUGCAUUCUUGCCGAAUCUGUUGUACCAGAACAAGGCUUUCCCUGAAGCAUUAUUUCAUCAAAUACUUCUGGCCAUGGUCACUCCGGAUCAUGAAACAAGGCUUGGAGCCCAUCGCAUAUUUUCCGUUGUACUUGUUCCCUCGUCUGUUUGCCCCUAUACGGCCUCCUCCUGUCAAAACCAUGCCGAUUUACAGAGGACGCUUUCUAGAUCGGCUUCCGUAUUUUCUUCCUCAGCUGCCCUAUUUGACAAAUUAAGAAAGGAACAUUUUUCACCGCGAAAAGUUGCAGAUCAAGCUGAUGAAGUCAAAACGGACCAAGACCAAUCCUUGCUGACACGGCUAGCAUCCAGCUACAGUCGAAAGGUUACCUUCCAACGGCAUUCCCUUCCUCCAACUUUGUGUAACGUGGAGACUGAACUGAAGGGAAUAUCGCUCAAAUUGAAAACCCGGCAAAUUAGUCUCUUGCUUUCUUCAAUCUGGGUGCAGGCCAUCUCUAAUUUGAACUCUCCUGCAAAUUAUGAAGCAAUUGCAAAUACUUACAGCUUGGUGGUGUUAUUUUCACGAAACAAGAAAUCUAGUAAUGAUGUUCUCAUUCGAAGUUUUCAGCUUGCAUUUUCCUUAAGGAGCAUCUCUUUGAGAGGAGGCCCACUUCAACCAUCUCGUCGAAGGUCCCUUUUCACAUUGGCUACAUCUAUGAUCCUUUUCUUAUCAACAGCAUAUGACUUUCUUCCUCUCGCAGCCUCUGCCAAGGCAGCCUUAAGAGAUGAAAUAGUAGAUCCUUUUCUCCGCCUGGUAGAUGAUUCCAAGCUACAGGCAGUUGAUCAUAAAGCAAGCCUAGACAAAAGGGUCGAAGUCUAUGGAUCAAAAGAAGAUGAUGAAGAUGCAUUGAAGACAUUAUCUGCAAUAAAUAUCUCCGAGGAGCAAUCCACAGAAUCUUUUGUUUCCAUGGUUUUGAAGAAUUUGGGGAAACUAUCUGAUGCUGAGGCAUCAAAUAUUAAGGACGAGUUGCUCAAAGACUUUCUUCCUGAUGAUGUAUGCCCACUGGGAGCUCAACUAGUCAUGGAAACUCCUCAAAUUUACCACUUUGGUUCAAAAGAACUUUCUGAGAGUGAGCAUUCGAUAUUUUCAGCAAGUGAUGAUUUCCCAACCGAUUCAUUUAUAAGUCAAACAGAUUCUUGCUCCCAGUUGACACUGGACAGUCCCAGUCUACUGAGUGUCGAUCAAUUUAUGGAUAUGGUAACAGAGACAACAAAAGAGGUUGCGCAAAAGUCAUCCUUAACCCCUUCGGAUAUGCCAUUUAAGGAUAUGGCAAGCCAGUGUGAGGCUCUUCAGAUAGGAAAGCAGCAAGUGAUGUCCAAUUUCAUGUCUGCAUCCUUGAUUCAAAACAGCCCAGUUAGCUACUCGGGUCAAGAUAACAGCAUCCAGCCACAAGAUAAGCUUCCGUAUUCAAGCUUUCAGCACGGAUAUCUUACAUCACCUGGUGCGCCAAUGGGGUGUGCAGCCGAAUUUCAGUAUCAUGCCGACUUUUUCCACUUGCCGGCCUCAAGUCCUUAUGAUAACUUCCUGAAAGCUGCCGGGGGCUAA